GGAGUCGGAGAAGCGGCCCAAGCCCUUCUGCGGGCUUUCCCGGACCGCGGAGGGCUGUGGGCGGAUCGGCUGAGACCCGGAAAGGGUCGGCGGAGGCUGGGGGUGGGGCGUCCCCUGCUUGCCGCCGCCCCGCGGGCGCGCCAGCUUCUUUCUCCUUCUGCUUCCUUCCUCCCUUGGCCCGGGAAGCUUGGAAGUGCGGGGGAGUUGCCAUGACAACUGUGUCCUCGAUCCCCUCGGUACCCCUGUGCCAGCAUGGGUGGGGGCUGGCGGAGCAGGUGCUGCAGAAGGCAGUGCUGGAAGAUGGGAUUACUUUCCCCGCGGGAGACCUAGGAAGGGCUCUGAGAGGGCGGGGCGCCGACGCCACACCCGGAAACUUCCAGGAGGCGGUACUGCGUACCACACAGAGAGGCCAGGGUGGGGCCUGGGGCGCGUGAGGGACGCGGCGGGAGUGCAGCGAUGGCUCUCUGGAGCAUGGACCGCUGCGCCCGCCGGUGCCGGAGCCCGCUGGGGCAGGCAGCACGGUCCAUCUACCAGCUGGUGGCUGGGUCGCUGUCGCCAGGCCACCCUCCAGGGCCCACUAAAAAAGCGCUGAAGCAGCGCUUCCUCAAGCUGCUCCCGUGCUGUGGGCCCCAGGCGCUGCCUGCAGUCAGUGAAACCUUAGCGGCCCCAGCUUCCCUCCGCCCCCACCGGCCCCGCCCGCUGGACCCAGACAGCGUGGAGGACGAGUUUGAACUGUGCACUGUAUGUCACCGGCCCGAGGGCCUGGAGCAGUUGCAAGAGCAAACCAAGUUUACGCGCAAAGAGCUGCAGGUCCUGUACCGGGGCUUCAAGAACGAGUGUCCCAGUGGCAUGGUAAACGAGGAGAAUUUCAAGCAGAUUUACUCCCAGUUCUUUCCUCAAGGAGACUCUAGCACCUAUGCCACCUUUCUUUUCAAUGCCUUUGACACGAACCACGAUGGCUGUGUCAGUUUUGAGGACUUUGUGGCUGGUUUGUCAGUGAUUCUUCGGGGAACAAUAGAUGACAGGCUGAAUUGGGCCUUCAACCUGUAUGACCUCAACAAGGAUGGCUGUAUCACCAAGGAGGAAAUGCUUGACAUCAUGAAGUCCAUCUAUGACAUGAUGGGUAAAUACACGUACCCUGCACUCCGGGAGGAGGCCCCACGAGAGCAUGUGGAGAGCUUCUUCCAGAAGAUGGACAGAAACAAGGAUGGCGUGGUGACCAUUGAGGAGUUCAUUGAGUCUUGUCAAAAGGACGAGAACAUCAUGCGAUCCAUGCAGCUCUUUGACAACGUCAUCUAGCCCACCUGAAAAGGAGUCUGUGCUCCAUAUCCAACCCCGGCAGACCACACCCUUCUCUUCCCAGGUCUGUCCUCAUCCUAGCCCUACUGUAGGGAUCCAAGAUCCCUGGAGCUGCAGGGGCCAGCGAGUGGGCAAAGUGUAUCUGGUGGGUGUGCCUAACUCCUAGUAGCCCUCUCUCCUUGCUGCCUGACACCCAGUGUGCAGGGGGUCCCUGCUGUGGGAACUGAGUGGUUGCCUACCUUCCACCCCCACUUUGGAAACCACAACACCAGACCGAAUGUCUCCUGCUAUGGUGCUUCCCCCAUCCCUGGUCUCAGACUUACUUCUCAGAGAGUGAUCGUCCAUCCUUAGCACUAGCUAACCUUUCACCCAGCCUAUGGAAUGGAGACAAGACUGCAUUUUUUGAGAUGGGGUCUGCAGAGCGCAAAAUCUUGGGCCUGAGCCAGUGGUUAUGUCCUGCAGGUUGGCUGGGGUCAGGAACACAAGACAUGGGCAGAAGGUGAAAGCUCAGGCAGGCUGGGCUGGAGCUCCCAAAUUCCACAAUAUACUACCCCAUGCCAUUAGACUGUUUCUAAAUAUUUCAGAAGGAGGCCUCAUCCCCUUAAAAAUGUCCUAGAAAUUUUCUAUACCCUAGGACAGCCUGGGACCCAGCUAUCUGGCUCACCCCUGAAAUUUCUCCCCCUCCCUCCUUUGUAUGGAGGUGACUGUGGCAGGGGAGUGUGGGUGGGAGGAGUGUUGGCUGCUCAUCCCAUUUUGAUAGCAAUGACUUGCCAUCACCGUUUCACUGGAGGUUUAGAGUGAGUCAGGGAUGUUCCUGAACUUGAGUCCUGUCCACCUUCCCAGUGGAUGCCUUAGGAGAGGGAAGAGGGGGGCAGGCAUAACGUCAUUGCGGGGGGAUCUUUGGUCAACCAAGGGUACCCACACCUGGUGCACAGCCUCCUUGGUUCCCUAGGGUCUGUUCUUCCUCUAGUCUAUCCAGAGACAUCACUAGGCAUGCCAAGAGGGCAGGGACAGUAACACCCAGUUCCCAUCAACACCGCCUUGCUGUUCUCCCUUAAUAUACCUGCUUGUCAUUCAGCCAGAAGGAGGGAAGGGUUCCAAGGAGCCCCGUUGAGUAAGACACUCUUGACUGCUUAGCAUUUUUGGCUCCUCUAUAUAUUUUGUAAAAUAAGAAAUUUACCAGAUCCAAUAAAACACCAAGGCUAUGCA